GCCAAACGAAAAGAAAUGAUUUUAGGGAAGUUGGACUCAAGUAGUUGUACACUUCAACUCAAAAACCAUGCCUGGGGUGAAGUGUUAAAUGCGGUGAAUGCUGUUGGUAGAGUCACCCGCAAUGUUACUGAAAUUCGGCGGAAGUUUUCUGAUCUUCGUGUUAGCGUUAAGAAAAAAGCAGCACAAGAUAAGAAAUAUGCUGGUGGAACAGGUGGCGGCCCCCAAAUUGAAAUUACAUACACUGCAAUUGAAGAAGCAAUUCUUCAACUAUUAGAUCCAGCCUCUAUACAUGGGAUUCCAGGGGAUGUUGAAAGUGAAGAACCUAUUAAUGAAGAAGAAAGAGAACCAACCCCCGGACCCUCAGGAGCUAGGUUUACAGCUACCGGUAGUUGUUUCCGAGAGGAAUUUAUGUUUCGGCCCGUUCAAGAGAAAGAUGAUUCUAUAACCCUGCAUUCUGAAUGA